AUGGCAGCCGCCGGCACGCUGCUCCUCCACGUUCCGGAGUCCCCGGCCGCCGCCCCCAGGACGCUCUCGGGACCCCGCCAGGCCCAGGCGAGGCGGCAAGCCGAGGCCACCAAAAGAAAACACCAAGCAUCCAGUGAGGCUCCCCCAGCGAAACGGAGGAACGAGGCAUCAUUUCUCCCCGCCAAGAAAGCUGCUGCUAAAGAAACACAAAGGACUUUUAAGGGGAAGGCACAGAAAACGUUUUCUCUGAAGAAAUCUUUGGUUGGUGUGAGUGAUGGAACCCGAGAACAGAAACCGUGCGUUAGGACUUCAUCGUUAUUUAAAAACAACCCUGAAAUCCCAGAGCUCCACAGACCUGUAGUAAAGCAGGUGCAAGAAAAGGUGUUCACUUCAGAUGCUUUUCAUGAACUGGACCUACACCCACAUUUAAUUUCCACAAUAAAUACGGUCUUAAACAUGACUAGUAUGACCAGCGUUCAGAAGCAAAGUAUUCCUGCGUUGCUGGAAGGCAGAGAUGCUCUGGUGAGAUCGCAGACAGGCUCAGGUAAAACACUUGCCUACUGCAUCCCUGUGGUCCAGUCUCUUCAAGCAAUGAAAUCAAAAAUACAGCGCAGUGACGGCCCCUAUGCCCUGGUACUGGUGCCGACAAGAGAGCUGGCUCUGCAAAGCUUUAACACUGUCCAGAAACUGCUUAAGCCAUUUACCUGGAUUGUGCCUGGAGUGUUGAUGGGAGGAGAGAGAAGGAAAUCAGAAAAGGCCAGACUCCGCAAAGGAGUAAAUAUCCUUAUCUCAACUCCUGGGCGACUGGUGGACCAUAUAAAAUCCACAAAGAACAUUCAUUUUCGUCGGAUACAGUGGCUGAUUUUGGAUGAAGCAGACAGAAUCUUGGAUUUGGGUUUUGAAAAGGAUAUCACAGUGAUACUCAACGCUAUAAAUGCUGAGUGUCAGAAACGACAGAACGUCUUGCUGUCGGCGACACUGACAGAAGGUGUGACACGGCUAGCUGAUAUCAGCUUGCUCAAUCCGGUCAGGAUUUCUGUCCUGGAUGAACACCGUGGCCAGUCUGACCCAAAGGGCAGAGCAGUUCCUGAGGCCUCCCCUCUCCCAGCUGGUGCUGAGCCAGACAGCUUUGCGAUUCCGGAGAGCCUCGAUCAGCAUGUGACACUGGUUCCCAGCAAACUGAGGCUCGUCUCCCUGGCGGCCUUCAUCCUACAGCAGUGCAAGUUUGAAAAAGACCAGAAGAUGAUCGUCUUUUUCUCGAGUUGUGAACUGGUGGAGUUCCACUACCACCUCUUCCUACAGACCCUGCAGAGCCGCUCCGGGGCCCCGGCGUCAGGGCCGCUACCAUCUGCCUCCACGCCAUUAAAAUUCCUGCGACUGCACGGCAACAUGGAGCAGGAGGAAAGAACAGCAGUGUUUGAAGAAUUCUCACAUUCCAAGACAGGCGUCCUUCUUUGUACGGAUGUUGCAGCUCGGGGCUUAGAUCUCCCUCAAGUCACAUGGAUUGUUCAGUACAAUGCGCCACCUUCACCUGCUGAAUACAUCCACCGGAUCGGGAGAACCGCCCGGAUUGGCUGCCAUGGGAGCAGCCUGCUCAUUUUGGCUCCUUCGGAGGCAGAAUAUGUCAACUUGCUGGCUUCUCACAAAAUCAACAUUUCUGAGAUUAAGAUGGAAGAUAUUUUGUCUGUUCUGACAAGGGAUGAUUGUUUUAAAGGGAGCCGAUGGGGAAGCCAGAAAUCCCGUGCUGCUGGCCCCCAGGAAAUCCGAGAGCGAGCCACCGUCUUGCAGACGGUGUUUGAAGAUUACGUGCACUCCAGCUCGAGGAGGGUCUCCUGGGCGAAGAAAGCUCUGCAGGCCUUCAUCCGAGCCUACGCAACCUACCCCCGGGAGCUGAAGCACAUCUUCCAUGUCCGGUCGCUCCACCUCGGCCACGUGGCUAAGAGCUUUGGGCUGAGAGAUGCCCCCCAGAAUCUUAGUGUCGCAGCUGUGAAGAGAAGGAAAGCGAACCUGAACAGGCCUGACCUUCAUAAGAAGACCCAGAGUAAACACCGCCUUGCUGAAAUCUUGCAUUCCGAAUUCUCAAGUGGAAUGGAGGCCAGCGUCGCCAAGGUCAAAAAGCAAAACAAACACGCAGAGCCCGGCAGCCAGCCACGCAGCACUGUCUGCAACCGGCGCCCAGCCUCAGCCGUGGGAAAAACUGAGAAAUGCCCCCAAUGAAGCAGAAAAACCCAAAAAGACUUACUGGGGGACAACAGGACUUCCCAAAACAGUUUUCGUUUUUUUUGUUUUUUUUUUUUUAACUCUGCCUCCACGGGCCUGGGGCUUGGGGUGGAUCCUGGAGGCCCCAGAGGCGGGGGCUGGUGUCCUGUCCUUGUCAGGAGCCUUGUGGGAAGGAACGGUGCCACUUUUCCCUGCAGACGGUGUCCCGGACCCGGAGAAGCC